AUGUCGAAACCACAACAAUCUCAGUCGAACGCAAUAAAGCCCUCUACCAUACCGGAGCCUAAUGGUUUUGGUAAAGACUAUGAACGAAUUAGCGUCAUCGGCAAGGGCGGCGAGGGCCAGGCGAUCUUGUGCAGGCAUAAGACGUCUUCCCAGGUUGUUGUCGCGAAGUUGGUGAGGCACAGCGCGCUUCGCAAACCCCCACCUGAGGCCGUGAUCCUUCGCGACAUACGGCGACACGACCACAUCGUCGGCUACCUUGGGGCUUUCAACCGAGCACCCAUCCCAUCGCGAGCGACCAUCCUGCUCGAGUACUGCUCGGGUGGUGAUCUCCACGAUCUUGCCUCGUCGUACAGACGUAGUGGCGUAAGUAUUCCCGAACCCUUCCUCUGGCACGUCUUCCGGCAACUAAGCCAAGCUUUAGCGUUCCUCCACAGCGGCAGCGCCACGUCCCAUCCGGGUGGGUAUCCGCUGAUCCACAGGGACAUCAAGCCCGAGAACGUGCUGCUCGCGGAGAAGUUCGUGCCCGACUCGCCAUACCCAUAUCCGGCAGUCAAGCUGGCAGACUUCGGACUGGCGGUCCUCUUCCAGCCAGGCAAAAGCAACAAGGAUUACAAAUUCGAUGGCGGGACGCCAGAUUGGCAGCCUCCGGAAACGCCUGUCGCCACGCCUGCCGGGGAUGUGUGGAGUAUUGGUGCUAUCGUGCACUUCCUGGCGUUGGGGCGGCCGCCAACUGCCAACCUUCACGAGUUUCGGGCAAAGUUCUCGGAUGCCGACGAGCUCGAGAGAAUGGAUCCGAACUUCUUCUACAGAAACGUGCCAAGGGAGGUGACGCAGAUUUGCGCGCUGCCCGGUCGUGAAUAUUCAGGGAAGUUCGGAGACCAUGCGUAUUCUCCUGAGCUGAACACUUGGAUGCUAGAGGCGCUCGCCGAGGAUCCUAAAGAAAGGGUAAAGAGCGCGGACCUUCGUGGCGCUCUCGGAGUUUACCUUGGUUAG